AUGUCUUUCCCUACCAAAGGAGAUGUUCUCUCUGUGCCCGCCUACACCGCAGAGGCUGAGCAGAACGCUGUAGAGAUCUCAUGGUCCCAGCAAUUCCGCACGCGCACCGCUCGUUACUACAUCGUCAACGCCCAGAACCAAUCCAAGGGCAAUGCGAAUGUUUUGAUGUACAUUCAAGAACGUUACUACAAGGAUCCCAACAGCAAUGAAUACAUUGGAAAGCUUCCUGGCGCUCGACAGGAGGGCAACUCUUGGAUCGUGAGCAUCAGCGAUCGCUUCCAGUAUGGUGAGAAGAACAGGAAUGGAGAUGGCCGCUGGGUUGCUCUCCACGACAAGGACAACAAGCCCUACCAGCACCGGUUUAUGAUUGUCACUAUUCAAGCCCAGCUCUCAGAGCAAGCGAAGAACUUGGCUAGAUCUUUUGGUGCUGGGGAGAUUGCUGAGCAGGUCCAGAAGCUUGGUGGCUCCUACAUGGGUGACUACCUUCGCACCUUCUAA